CUUUUUUUGUUAAUAAUAUACUUGUUUUAUGUAUUUUCUUUUCUUUAUUUGUUAUAUUUUCAAUAAUACAAAUAUUUCUAAUAGCAAUAAUGUCUUGUUCUGUGAUUCGGCGUAGUAAAAAUUUGUCUAAAUUUAUUCUCGCGCAAUCCGUUUGUAAGCUACGUCUGUUUGUUACCUUAAAAAAGCACAUUCAUUUCAAUUAUGUUGCUGAAAAUCAGUCACCCUCGAAUGAGGAGACGUCUCGCCUCACGAUGUUCCAAGCAAUCAACAACGCAAUGGAUAUCGCAUUAGAGAAGGAUCCCUCGGCAAUAUUGUUCGGCGAGGACGUCGGCUUCGGAGGAGUGUUCCGCUGCUCGCUGGGGUUGCGUGAGAAGUACGGCAAGGAGCGAGUGUUCAACACGCCGCUGUGCGAACAAGGCAUCGCCGGGUUCGCCAUCGGAGCCGCAGCAAUGGGGUCCACUGUCAUUGCUGAGAUACAGUUCGCUGAUUACAUAUUCCCAGCAUUUGAUCAGAUUGUCAACGAGGCUGCUAAGUACAGGUACCGCAGCGGGGGUGCGUUCGACUGUGGUCGCAUGACCAUCCGUGCGGCAUGGGGGGCAGUCGGCCACGGGGGCCUGUACCACUCCCAGAGCCCUGAAGUGUACUUCGCCCACACUCCUGGACUGAAGGUGGUGAUACCGCGGGGUGCUGCGAAAGCUAAGGGACUGCUGUUGGCUUGCAUACGAGAAAAUGACCCGUGCUUGUUCUUUGAACCGAAAGCACUUUACCGUGGUGCAGUCGAUGAUGUCCCCGCAAAAGAUUACACGCUGCCUCUUGGCAAAGCAGAUGUUCUAGUGGAAGGGGAUGCAGUAACGCUCAUUGGCUGGGGGACCCAAGUGCACGUGCUUCUCGAGGUGGCUCAGUUCGCUAAGGAGCAGCUGGGCGUGUCUUGCGAAGUCAUCGACUUGGUGACAAUUCUGCCGUGGGACAAAGAUGCUGUCUGCAAUUCUGUGAAGAAAACAGGUCGGGCAGUCAUAGCUCAUGAGGCUCCACUCACGGCAGGCUUCGGAGCUGAGAUAGCUAGUGUCAUUCAGGAAGAGUGCUUCCUGCAUCUGGAGUCGCCCGUGCAGAGGGUGACGGGCUUUGACACCCCCUUCCCGCACAUCUUCGAGCCGUUCUACCUGCCAGACAAGUGGAGGUGUUUCGAGGCAGUCAAGAAAGCCAUCAAGUACUGAUGCAUCAUGUGAACCACUGGAGAACUGAAUCUUGCCAGAAAUGAUAUUGAAGAAAGUGCUGAAAAUCUUUUAAAACAACAACAAUUUUAAGUCUCUUUGGUUUUAAAAAAAAUGCAUUAAAGAAUAUCCUAUUUUUUUCCCCAAAAAUUAAUUAGUUUAUAAGUACCUGAAUUCAAUAUAAUCAGUUAACUAAGAAAACUUUUUGUCUUAUCAUUUAAUUUCUAUAUUUAUAUGAUUGAAGGAGCAAAUAAUAUUGAUGAGUUAAUAUAAUUAUUAAUAGAAAAGGUUAAAGCUGCCGCUGCAACAAACUCACAUUGCCUCAACUUAUCCUACCAGCUGUGAUGAAGUUCUACUCCCAAAAACUCUGGAAAUUUAUUCAUUUUGAAAAAAAUUGUCAGAAUAUUAUCAAGUUUGUUUAUUUGUAAAAGUAAUUCUGGAAUUUAUAUAGCUUGAAAGUUUUCAAUUGCUGCAGAGUAAAUAUAUCUACAAAAAACUGAACUGAUAUCAAGAGCACAUAUUAAAUAUUAUAUUACAAUAUUAUUUACAUCUAUGUAAAUAAGUACUAGUAUCCUCCUAUUAUCCUGGUUAAGAGUUAUGGGAUGAAGACAUUGCUAAUCAUGCUUGUGAAAUAUGGUAAAACUCCUUGUAACAGAUCAGGGUAUAUUUUCUUAAGGUUUGAUUAAGGUGUUUUUAAAACAAUGCAUCCCUUGAUAAAUUUACGUCUUGACUGUGUAAUAAUGUUAGUUGUUAAGAUCUUUUGUUUUCUGAAAUAGUUUUUUUUCCUUCCAGUAUCAUAAUUUUUGUAGUGAAAGUUUGAUUCAACCGAAUUUUAAUUUAAACUUAAGUUUUAUGUAUCAAGUUUUAAAUUUAUUUUCAACAUGUUGAAUUUAUCAUGUUAAUAAUUGGAUUGUAAUUUAACAUUUAAGUAAUUUGGCUCUUAUACAUGUGGUUAGUGUCAUGCCUGAGGGAUUGAAAUCAGGCCGAUUCCUGUUUUAAUCAUUGAGUAGUGUCUAAAAAUUUUAUCUCUUUUGCACAGUGAUGCACUAAUACACUUCAAUUUAUAGGUUUAUUAAAAUAAAAAUCUAAGCACAUUUUAAGAAUUGUUCAGGAUGUAGGUCUAUUGGAUGUUGAUAGUAAUCCAAUAGUGGCUUGUUUUGUUUGGUAUGAAAGAAAAAUGUACAAAGAAGUUCACUUAAAUAUGUAUGCACAUAAUAUUUUAUUAAAGAUUGUAAUUUGUUA